CCUCCAGGCACCAGACGGACAACAACCGCAUACUCUUCGUCUGCCUCUGCCAGCCGGUGACGACGUGACACUGAAACAACUCAGCAUCAUGGCUGCUGCCUCAACUUCGAAGCCCUCGAGCUUCCUCCUCUACUCCUGCAUUGCGCACCGCACCACGAUUCUCGCCGAACACUCCUCCCCAGGCACGUCCUCAACCGCCGCCUCCUCGCUCGCCUCCAUCAUCCUCCCGAAGAUCACGCACGACAAACCCCAAAAGCUCACCUACACCCACGAGCGCCUCUUCGUGCACUACAUUGCCGACUCACCCAGCGGCGGCAGCAACACCGAACCCUCAUCAUCAUCGUCCAGCACUGAACCAAACUCCUACGCCCCGCUCAGCUACAUCGUCGUCGCCACCGCCGAACAAGGCCGCCGGAUCCCCUUUGCGUUUCUUCUUGAGAUCAAGCGCAAGUUCCUGGCCACCUACCCGCCAUCCAGCACCGACUUCUCCACCUUGCCCGCCUACGGCUGCGCCGCGUUCAACCCGGACCUCCGCGCGCUGCUGCAGACGUACAACACGGCGCCGCCCUCAGACUCGCUGGCCUCGGCGCGGCGGGAGAUCGACAAUGUGCGCGACAUCAUGACGGAGAAUAUCGAGCGGGUGCUGGAGCGCGGCGAGCGCAUUGACCUGUUGGUGGACAAAACGGAUCGACUCGGGGGCAGCGCGCAUGAUUUCCGGAUGCGGAGCCGCGGACUGCGCCGGCGCAUGUGGUGGAAGAACGUCAAGUUGGUGGCGUUGUUGAUUGUUGUAGUGGUGUUUUUGGUGUAUCUGUUUGUGGGGAUGGGGUGUGGGUUGCCGGCUUGGGGGAGAUGCGUGGGCUGACCUCAAAGCAAUUCGAAUGAGGAAUGGAGAUGAUUGACAAGGUGGCGUUGGCAUCUGGCACAAGAUGCAUGGUUGUUGAUCUGUUUGUUUCGACAGUUGUUGAGGUUUGAGAUUGAGCCCUAUCUGUGUGUCUUGUUCAUAUGCAUUUCUUCCCUGACUGCAAGUCUUAUUGUGUUAUUCGGUGAUUGAUGGUCUUAUGAAUGCUGAAUGAUGAACGGUGGAAUGGGGGCUGUGAGAUGGAUACGAAGCGUUUAUUACUCUGUAUAAUAUCAUGAUAAUGUAGUUUGUGUCUGCUCUUAUGUGAUUGUUCGUGCAUUGGCCAGUCUUGAGUUAUUAGGGAUAAUUCAAGAAACGCAAUAUGUAAAAUGUGACUCGAACCGAACAAUUGAAGCG